AAUCCGAAUCUUUGUGACUAAAAAAUAUCGUGUGAUGGAAGGUGGCUCAGCAUUUUUAUAUUGGAUAUUGAAUAACAUUCCUUGUCCUGUCCCCAAUAUAUAGAUAUUCUUGUUAGCUAGCAAUUGCUGUAUCUUCUCAAGCAAAUAUGGCACAGCAUUUAACGCUUAUAUCAUGUAUCACUCUCUUCUUGCUCCUUCUGAUUGUUCCAUCAAAUGCAGGAAAUCCUACACGAAAAAAGCUUCCAUCCAAAUACGAAAACCUUGAAAUUAAAGAGCCUCUUAUGGUUUUAUCCAACUCAAAAAACCCAGAGUCACUUCAUGUUCCGUCCAAUUCAGAAAACCUUGCAACUAAAGAGCGGCAGCCUUUCGGUUUUCUAAAUCAUCUUAAAGGAGGCAAAAAAGGGGAAAAUUUAGCAGGCAUUCGUGAGCUGAAAAAAUAUCUCAACAAAUUUGGAUACCUAAACUAUAAAUCUAUAAAUGCACAUGAUAAUGACCAUUUUGAUGAUAUGCUUGAGGCUGCUGUAAAAACGUACCAGGCCAACUAUAAUCUCAAGAUUACCGGUAUACUUGAUUCUGAAACAAUAUCAAAGAUGGUGAUGCCACGAUGUGGAUUUCCCGAUAUCAUAAAUGGGACUAAUAGCAUGACAAAGAAACAUCAGGGGCAUCAACAUCACAGUCCUAACAAACUCCAUAUAGUCGCUCACUACAGUUACUACGGAGGCAGCUACAAAUGGCCAGCUGGCAAGACUCAUCUUUAUUACUGGUUUGAAACGCACAUAACCUCCUUAAGUGUCAAACGGGCUGUACGAGGAGCAGUAAACAGAUGGGCUUCGUACACACAGCAUUUCAGUUUCGAAGAAACUUUGGAUUCCCAAAGCUCUGACCUGACGGUUACUUUCUAUAGAGGUGACCAUGGGGAUGGUUCUGCGUUUGAUGGUCCAGGAGGAGUUAUUGCUCAUGCAUUUUUCCCAACAGAUGGAAGAUUACACUUUGAUGCGGAUGAGCCGUGGUCCAUAGGAGCUAUUCCUAAUUAUGUUGAUCUGGAGAGUGUUGCUCUGCAUCAAAUUGGGCACCUUCUUGGACUUGGUCACAGCACUGUCCCAGAUGCAAUUAUGUAUCCAGGUAUUUCUUACGGAGUGGUCAAAACUAAUUUUCAUCCUGAUGAUCGUCAAGGAAUCAAAGCGCUCUAUAACUUCUAGAUGUGCUUUCUGCUUAAAACAUCUAGAUGUUGUUUGCAUAUGUCCUAUAUAUGUAUAUAUCUAUGUUGAAGAGGGUUCAGCAUGAGACAUAAGUGUUUUGUUGCCCUUUUCUAGGUGUGUGUGUCUUGUUUGGCAGGAAGGCGAUGAGGUUUUGUAUUAUAGAAAAAGAUUGAGAGGAUGGGAUGAUGGGUGAUGGAUGUGCAUGUUAUAAUUUGUAUGUUUUAGUUAUCUUCAAAUUUAAAUAAAAUAACCUCUCUCUUUUAAUUUUAA